AUGUCUUGUUCAAGUGCUAACAGUAACUCAACUGGCAGAACAUCAUCACUUAGUCAACCUUGGAGAACAAGUGAACCAGUCGACUGUCACCAGCCCCAUCUUACACAUUAUCCCAGUGGAUCGGCUGGUUCAUACCUUCAAGCUCCAGAGUUACCAAAACCUGAUAAAUCAGAUAUAUUGUGGAACCAACCUGAUCAUUCCAACACAAACUCCAUCAAAAUGGACGAAAAUCAUGCUGCAGAAAUAAAGGCAGCCAUGGCAGGUUUUAAAUUGCCUAUGUCUAAUGUUCCAGACUGGGCUAAAAAUGUCUCUGACGAACAGUGGAAAGACACAAUUAUUCCCAAAAUUUUAUCCCCUGAAAAAAGAUAA